UUGGAGGUUUAACGCAACCUCCAACGUAUGACGGAGAACGUCACGUCGUUCCUGCGUGACGACGUGCCGUCAGUUUGGAUGUUUGGCGCGGGUAGAUAACUUGCUGGGACGGGAUGCUAACAAAACGGAAUUCCUAAAUAAAAUUCUUUCCAUCUAAUCCUCCACAAUCCACAUUGUGCUGCUGUGUGAUUGACUAGCACGAUAGCAAGGGGGGUACAGAGUGCUGAAUCACCAUGUUAAACGGUGCCCAGUUUGUGGAGGCCGUGGGCCGUCUAGGUUAUCCUGGUGCAUCAUCACUGAAGGCCUCCGACUUCGACUGGCUGUUUGACUGUGCCCCUGAAAACCUUCACUUCUUGCGCUUUGUCUGUCGGACCCUCAACCAGAGCAAUGUUCUCACCACAGAAGAAGCACAUGCUUUUCAGGAGCUACGGAAGUCUAGCAAGCCUUUUCUGGAUGAAGCAGCCUUGGGCGAGGUCCUUAAAACCAUUGGACCUUCGGAUGGGAGCAGUGCAAAUCUAUUAGGGCACUCCUCAUAUUCAUCCUCCGUGUUUGCAGCUGAGGGGGAUGUGGCCGUAGAGGACUUGGAGGCAGAGCUCCAGGCACUACGUAAAGAGAAAGAGCUGAAGCAACGGCGGUAUAACAGGUUGCAGAUUGCGGCCACCUCCCGUGCAGAUGUUGACCAACGACUUACUGCAGAGCUGGAGAGUGCUGCAUGUAAGCUCAAGGAGGCCAGUGCUUUCAUUGGAGCUGAGAAUGCUGACACAAACGCUCUACUACAAAACAUAACAGAUGAGGUGAGAAAGCUUGCUUCGUAUCUCCCAGUUCAGCCAGAGGCCAAGCAAAAAGGUAAAGGAGAACCUGUGGCCCCAUCAAACCCUUCUAUGUCCAAAAGCCCCACCGUCCUUCUCUCUCAGCUGCCCUUGUACCCCUAUCUACACCAGGAGGAGCUCAACACUAAAACACUAGCUGCCUUCACUCGGAAGCAUUUCUUUCAGGGCAUCUCUGACAUUGUUGAGACUUCUUGCUCUGAGCGCUUCCAGGUCCUUGACCUCAGUACUUGUGAAGAGAAAGAGGGUGAAGAGAAAGAGGAUGAAGAGAAGAGCAUGAAGGGAGAGAGGGAAGAGCGAGUGGUAGAGCGCAGGAGGACCGAGAUGGCCAGACUUCAGUGGUCUCAUAUUGUGGCCCAGCACCAACUGAUGCAGGCCAUGGCAGAGAGAAGAGUGUCAAGACUGGACUUGACUGGCUCUCUGAGAAGUCCACUCAUACCAAGCUCUCUUUCAUAUCUAUCUCAUCACUACCAGAGCAUCGCCACGUCUUCCUCACUGCAUGUCCGUGAGGUGGUGUCCAGGAAGGAGCUGCAGGCGGUGGAGGCUGAGCUGGAGGCUCUGCUCCAUGGACCACUACCUGCUGCCCUUAGAGAGUCAGCCAGGUUGCUUAAUGUGCCGGUAGUGAAGGGAGACCUGGCUCUGCAACUAGCCAGGCAGGACUACUACACCUCCAGACAGGAUCAGGUACGAGACUACCUACUCCGCCAGAAGGCGUCCUUUGACCUUGUGCUCCUGGGUCUGGAGAUGGAGUUGAGGAGGUGGAGGACGUGUCUUAAGCAGCUGGGAGAAGUAAAUAGCAGAUUGGUAAAAGAAGGUGAGGCGGCAACCCACAGAAUUGAGUCCCUGGCACACUCUGACCUGGCUAUCAACCCCAGGCCCAACCCUAUCAUCAGCUGCAAGGAUGCAGCCUUCAGCAGGCUGCUCCAAAUCCUUGACCGUGAUUCAGACAAUGGUCGAUCAGAGCCUUUUCGGACCUAUGAAGCAUUGGACCACGCUGCUCGUGACCUUGCGUGCAACCUCCAGGUGACCCAAGAUGCUCUAGCAGGUGCUGGCCGUGAGCAGUACUACACCGCAGCUCGUCUUUAUGGCGACUGUGAGGCGCUCCACAGGGAAAUGUACACAGAGCUCCAGCAGCUUGUCUUAGGGCCGCAGGAGCUGACGGUGAAGCUUGUGGAAGCUGAGUCUCAGCUGCAGAGUUUGCAGCAUGUAAUGCAAGAAAUCAUGGGGGAGGCUAAAGCCAAGCGUUCUCAGCUGGAGCGCAAUGCCCUCCUCAGGCGGGAGAGGGAAUUGUACAUCUACUUCCAUUUGGAUACCCGGCUGCUGCAAAAAGUAGUGGAAGAUCUGGAGGGCAAAAUGGCUGCGAAGAGAGGGCAGCAGUAAAGCCUGCCAGAAUGAAUGAGGAGCGCUUUAGCCGGCUCAACCUCAACAUGCAACCUGUUUUAUAAAGCCUGAAGAUAUAAGUACACUGUGUCUUUAGUGGAGGAGGUUUACAAAGUAACCCCUGCUCUGCUACCGUGUAUACAAGUGUGUACCUACUCAAAAUCUGCACCUUCACUUGCUUUGUGCAAGAGCUCAAUCCCAUAAGUCUUCAUCUUUGGGGAAAAAAUGUGGUUGGAUAUGAGCAGUGCUGCUUAUACUGGGAUUCAUUUGAAUGUGUUUCUUUUAAAACUAUUUUACAUAAACUAAUUAGAUGAUUUGUUUAUCUUGUAAUGUCCUAAUAUGUCAUUGUUGCCUUUUUGUCAUCAGAUAAAUAAAGUAAAAUGUUAUCUUUGU